AUGAGCUCAUACUUAGCGUCAUUCACCUCCUCAUCCUCCAUCUCCAAUGCCUUGGGUUCCAGGCUCAACAGCCUGCGCCGCGCCAUCACACUAGGCGACGAGGGGGACGACCCGGAGAACGAAGACUGCUCACACAUCUCCAACGCCCUUCGAGCAUACUAUACAGAAAAGGGACGACCAUUUCCUGCUUGGCUCCCUCCAGAUCCGAAGGCACCGGUCUCUGCAGCUCCCCGUGCCAUCGCGACCGCCUCCUCCGGACAAUACGGCCAACCCCCCGCCCCCAGUGCCCAUGGCCGGGGCGGCGGUGGUCUGAGUGAUCUAUGGGGUGACCCAGGCGCGUCUACGCCUGGGAGUGCUCAAACAGCUAGUCUUCGCCGCGGCCGCGGUAGUGGUGCCAGCAUGCCGGCGCUGGCGCCUGCCAAGAGCGCGCCGCCAGGACAGGCGAUGUCGUCCCUGCCACAGCUCACGCACUCCCAGUCUCACUCGCCUUCGACGGGAGGUUCACACCCUGCUGGGGCUCGCCCUCUGCCUAGCCAGCGUUCUGGGUCGUACCAGUCGGCGCAGUCUGGGCGGUCCAGCCAAGACAGCAGGGCUGGGGCUGGCUCUGCGCAGGAGCGACUGCGGGCACGGUUGCAUGGGGUGCGAUCCCCGAGCCCUAAUAUCGAUCCGAGUAUUCGCAAGCCCGUGGGGGGAAGGCAAUGGUAG